AUGCCUCCCCCAGUGGCAUUCGUGCCUCUGGUCAUUCUGAUCGCUAUACCCCUGUUAGGAAAGUUUCUUCGCCAGUUCCUAGGAUGGUCCCUUCAAAAACGAACAGACGGUCGCCGCGCCCAUCUCCUGUCUCUCAUGACGGAGGAGGACUCAGCUGCUCGCGCCAACGAUCCUCAAGGUAGCGCUGAAACGAAGCUCGUAUUCGAUGUCGACGAUAGCCUGCAAAAUACACUGAGUGCCCAGAAAGACUGGGCUGGUAUUGUUGGGUUCUUCCAUCCAUUCUGCAAUGCCGGAGGCGGCGGAGAGCGGGUUCUCUGGGCUGCGAUCCGGGCCACGCAAGAUCGUUGGCCAAAAGCGAAAUGUGUAGUGUAUACUGGCGAUCAUGAUGUUACUAAGGAUGCUAUUUUGUCCCGAGUCAAGACCAGAUUCAACAUUGAGCUUCACGCUCCCACGAUAACCUUUCUCUACCUAUCCAAACGAGACUGGGUUCUUCCCUCUACUUGGCCCUAUUUCACCUUGCUUGGCCAGUCCCUUGGUUCUCUUGUUUUGGCUUGGGAUGCUUUCUCGCUCUUGGUUCCUGAUGUGUUCGUCGACACGAUGGGCUACGCUUUUGCUCUCGGCCUAUGCAAAUUUCUUUUUCCCAGUGUUCCGACCGGAGCGUAUGUGCAUUAUCCUACAAUCUCCACGGAUAUGCUCGAAUCUCUUGAUGCAAAGGCGGACGCAGGAACUCAGGGCGCGCACGCUGGAAAGGGUGCUGGGGCUCAGGGCUUCGCCAAGAAGAACUAUUGGAAGCUUUUUGCCGUGAUUUACUCCUUGGUUGGUUCGUCAGUAGAUGUUGUCAUGACAAACUCGACUUGGACUCAAGGUCACAUCAAGAGCUUGUGGGGUCCAUACCGAAAAGAGAAGAGCAAAACAGAUCCGAUUGCAGUCGUCUACCCUCCUACCGCAGUUCGAGAGAUGGAACGCGAGGUCGAAGUCUCCCAGGACAGCGAAAAACGACGAGAGAAAGCCAUUGUCUAUCUUGCGCAAUUCCGACCCGAGAAGAAUCAUCAGCUCAUCCUUCGAUCAUUUGCCGCCUUCCUCAAGACUAAGAGCGAGGCAGCUAAGGGUACAAAUUUGAUCUUGAUUGGAAGCGUUCGAGAUGAUUCCGACGCGAAACGUGUGUAUCAGCUACGACUUCUUGCCAACGAACUUGGUAUCAAGAACAGUGUUAAGUUCCACCUUGAUGCUCCUUGGUCAGAGGUUCUAGAAUGGCUGAGAAAGGCAUCCGUGGGCGUCAACGGCAUGUGGAAUGAACACUUCGGGAUUGGUGUCGUGGAAUACCAAGCCGCUGGUCUCAUCUCCGUGGUACAUGAUAGCGCUGGCCCCAAGUUUGACAUUGUUGUGCCGAUCGACAGCCAGCCAACAGGCUUUCAUGCUACAACGGAGGAAGAAUUCGCAGAGGGCUACGAGAAGGCCUUGUCACUUCCAGAUCCUCUCUCGGUCCGGCUACGAGCACGUGAGUCCGCCAAAAGAUUCACUGAAGAAGAGUUCGCAAAGAAGUGGACGGUCCAGAUGGCACGUUUGGUAUCGCUAGCGAGACGAGAGGCGUAG